UUAUCUCCUUCACUCCUCUAUCAAAGGAAUAACCAACUCUGAAACAUAUUACCAUUUUUAAUUCUCUCAUUCUGUGUCUUCUCUCUCUCUCUCUCUCUCUCUCUCUCUACCCACAUGAAGAAGAGAAGAAGAGGGAUGAACACCUAAUAUAUGUAGAUAUAUUCUAUUCAAAUUAUUACAGUUCUCCCAAUCCCAAGUAACAAAUUCAAAAACGCUGCAACAAUUUGAGAGAAACCCAACAAAGCACCAAAACAAUAAUGUCUGUGGAAGUUGUAGAAAUUGAAGAGAGCCCAAAAACAGAGUCGGUCGAUGAAAUAGAAAAAGAGGCCGAUGGGGACAAUGAAUUGUCAUCGCCGAGAGGUGUAUUGGAGGUCCCUGUUUCGGGUUCGUCAGACUCCGAUAACAGCAGUAUCAGCAGUUGCGAAUCGUCAGGGUCGGAGCGAUCGGUGGUUCACAGAGCUUUGUUUGGGGAGAGUCAGGGUGGUUUGCACUGGAAAAAUUUCAUUGACACCAUAAAGAUGAAAUCAGUGAGACGGUUCACCACCAUUCCAUUGUUGUCUGGGUACGAUAUUUCGAAGAAGAACUUGAUAAAGAAAUUGGGGAGGAAUCAGAGUGCGGAUGAUGAUAUAGAUUGCGGUGAUAUGGUGGUGCCCAAACCAUCAUGGAGGAGCUUCAGUCGGACCGAGCUCGUCGCUGCAACCGACAAUUUCAACUCCGAGAAGCUGAUUGGGAAAGGGGGUCAUGCGGAAGUUUAUAAGGGGUGCUUACCGGAUGGUCAAGUUGUGGCGGUGAAGAGAAUAACAAAAAACACAGAAAAAAAGGAGGACAGAGUCAGUUCUUACUUAACUGAGCUUGGGAUUAUAGCUCAUAUCAACCACCCAAAUGCUGCUAAAUUGAUUGGGUUCAGUGCUGACGGUGGCUUGCACCUCGUCGUCCAAUUUUCUCCCCAUGGAAGCCUUGCUUCUCUGCUUCAUGGUGCAAAUGAGAGUCUAGCAUGGAAGAUAAGGUUUAAAGUGGCUCUUGGGGUAGCUGAAGGACUGCAGUAUCUCCACUGUGAAUGCCCGAGGCGCAUAAUCCACAGGGAUAUCACAGCCUCAAACAUAUUACUCGCUGAAGACUAUGAACCUCAGAUAUCUGAUUUUGGGCUAGCAAAAUGGCUCCCUGAAAAAUGGCUUCACCAUAUUGUCCAUCCCAUCGAGGGGACUUUCGGAUACAUGGCUCCAGAAUAUUUCAUGCAUGGAAUUGUGGAUGAGAAGACUGAUAUAUUUGCAUUUGGGGUGCUGUUAUUGGAAAUUAUAACUGGUCAUCAUGCAGUUGAUUCAUAUCGACAAAGCCUAGUGAUGUGGGCAAAACCGUUGUUGGAAAAUAGCAAUGUGAAGGACAUAGCAGAUCCUAGCUUGGGAGAUGCAUAUGACUCUGGUGAAAUGAAACGUGUUAUGUCAACAGCAUUGGCAUGCCUUCAUCACUUACCUGACAUGCGCCCAAACAUGACCCGGGUAGUGCAGCUGUUGAGAGGAGAGGGGGGACAAAUAGAGGUGAAACAGAAGUCAAUAGGAGGGAGAGCUAUCAUUUUGGAUGCAUGUGAUUUGGAAAACUACACUUCUACAUGUUACCUCAAAGACCUCAAUCGCCAUAUGCAACUUGUUUUGGAAGAAAAUAAUAAUAUGGCUGCUUAGUAGUUUAGUUUAUUCACCUUUUUGCUGUCUGUUGGCACAAAUUAUGGUUUCUUCCAAGAGUGAGGAAUGUUUUCUGAUGGCCAACAGCUAUAUAUAUUUUUGUAACAAUCAAGCAUCCAAAGUUGGGUUUCUGUAUUUAUUCCAAAUAUAUAAAUAUUUUUGAAUUUUUUUUUAUUUA